UCUGGUUCGGUCUCCAAGUUGGUGCGGCCAUCGAUGGCGGACUCGGAAACACGGCCCGCCCCAUACAGCCGGCCGGGUAUAAGUCCAUGUACAUAACCCAGCCUCCCCUUCAUCGACAACAAGGAUCCCUUACAAAUCGCACGCGCACGCACUGGAAGGGAAGGGAGAGCGAUGGCGAUGGCGACGGCGCUUCGACACGCGGCGAUGAGGCUGGGCGGCGGCGGCGGCGCAUGGGCGAAGUUGCUGCCAAGAAGGCUCGUCCACGUCGGCGCAAGACCCGCCGCGGCGGACGGCAAGACCCGCGCCCUGAACCUGAUCAAGCAGAAGAGGGAGGAGCUGUUCGACCUGAUCGCCGAUACGGAGCGGCGGUACGACACGCGCCUCACCAGGGAGGGCUUCCGGAACACCCGGAUGCUCCAGCAGCUCGCCGUGCAGAUCAAGCCCAGGCCCAACGACCCGCUCUGGCGCUCGAAGCGGUUUUCGAAGCUGGCCAACGAUUACCUGGGGCUUACGGGGGCUUGCGUGGCGGGCUACACGCUCACGAAAAAAUGGCUUCAUUCCGACAAGGAGGCGGCGGAGGAGAAGAUGCCAGAUCCGCAUGUGUAGGGGCUACGCUAAGGGGCGCCCUCCUUUAUUUCAGUACAUUGGAGAUUUGUUAGCAAUAACUGAAGCAUUGCUUGAUCGUACUUCCCCAAUGUGGACUAACAGCGCCCUAUCUACGUUCGUAGAAUUCAGUGAAUGUCGACCGAUCGUUUCAUCUUGGACGUUUCGUUCAGAGAUGCAGUAAAGGAACACAUAACUCCAUUUCAGUUUGCAUGUGUUAGAGAGAUUUAGUUGAUAAGUUCAUUUUCUUACGUGUUUGGUUGAUGCAAAACAGAACUUGCAGUUUUUCACUGCGUGGGAUUCUGUACUCCGUUAUGGUUGAUCGAAAUUGUA